GGGAAGGAAGAAAUUUACCAAAGCAUUUGGAAUCUACCAUUUGUAGUUCUUUAUGCUUCGGCUUUGCUUUGUUGUUGCUGCUAAAGCAUCUCCUUUAGCAGAUCAGCUCCUCCUUCAAUGUUGCAGCUUCAUCUUGCUUGGAUUUGCUGCUUUAACACUUUUUUUUUUUGGAGCUUGGCUGAGCCUUCCCGAAGGGACUUGGAUGAGGAAGAGAGAGCCACCCGGAGUUCCCUCUUUGUGUAGCUUCAUUUCCUUUCAUUUGCUGCCACUUGUGCAACUUCAUGUGGCUGUACUUGCUGCUACUUUGCAGCCUCAUUUGCAUUUCAUUACAACCUCAUUUCAUCAACAUUUGCAGCAUAGCUUGCUGCACUUUGCUGCUACCGUGCUUUGGUGCAACCUUCCUUCUUCAUUUGCUGCCUCCUGUGCAGCUUUCCUUCCAUUUGCUGCCUCUUGUGCAGCUUUGACACCACAGCUCCAACAACUAGCUAGCUUAAGAGGUGUGUCAAGUGUAGCUGACAUUGGUUCUACUACUCCAGAUUAGUAAUGCAAACCUGUAUAUUUUAUCAAAACUAGAAUUAGGCUCCAUUAUUUUGUAAGUCUUUUGUAUCUAAUUAAGCUUUAUUAUAUCU